AAAUGUGUAGCCGGUUUGAGGGAUAUAGGGCAAAAUAUUGUAUAUAUGAAAAUAUGAAAUGAAAUUUGUAAAAUAGAAAAUUGUGUGGUGUUUCCAUUCCAUGACAGAAAGAUGUAAGGAUCAAGAGAGCCGCAGUUCGCCUCUGUAACCUCAGUCAGUAACCUAAAACAAAACCCAGCUUUGGACUCCCAAGUCAGUAAAUUCGUCAACUCAUCCAUAAGUCCCGAGCGAUGGCAACUUCUGUACUCUCAAACGUAGUCGCACUCCACAACAAUCUUAAGACGGAAUGGUCGAAGAAGCCGCCCAAUUUGGAAAAUUGUCGACAACUCUUGACCCACCUUAAAAUCGCCCUCACGGAUUUAAUGUUUCUGCCAACUUCCAGUACGAAAGCGUCCCAAAAAGAACUGAUUAUAGCAAGAGAUAUUCUUGAAAUUGGUGCUCAAUGGAGUAUCGCAACAAAGGAUAUUCCUUCAUUUGAAAGAUACAUGGCUCAACUUAAAUGUUACUACUUGGAUUAUAGAGAUGAAUUGCCCGAAUCUGCUUACAAGUAUCAGCUUUUAGGACUAAAUCUUUUACUUUUACUUUCGCAAAACCGUGUUGCUGAAUUUCAUACAGAACUUGAAUUACUGCCGUCUGAUCAGAUUCAGACUAAUAUUUAUAUACGCCAUCCGCUUUCCCUUGAACAAUAUUUAAUGGAAGGAAAUUAUAACAAGAUAUUUUUGGCAAAAGGUAAUGUUCCGGCGGAAAGUUACAAUUUCUUCAUCGAUAUCCUAUUGGAAACAAUAAGGAAUGAAAUUGCCGGUUGUUUAGAGGUUGCUUAUAAAAAAAUAUCAACACCAGAUGCAACAAGAAUGUUGAACUUGACCAGCCAAGCAGCUUUAAAAGAAUACGCUGCAAAGAAAAAUUGGAUCCUCGGACCUGAUAAUUACUAUUACUUCACAACCGAUGAUAAGAAAAAGGGUGAUGACACGCUUCCUUCUAGGGAGGUGGUUACGCAGGCUUUGGAGUAUGCCAGAGAGUUGGAAAUGAUAGUUUAAAGUCAAAAUUUAUUUAUUAUCUAUUAUUUUGUAAAUAAACAAUUUCUACAUUUAAUAAAUAAAAGUUUGAUAAAACGAAAUA